CAAUUGACACCUCUUCCCCGGAGAACAUUACUCCACGGCAGCGAGAUGGAGAAGAAAUGAGCCAAUUUCAUAUCGCCGAGCCCCAUUCGCAGCGUAUGGCCACCCAACUCCAACUUAAUAUAAGUGGGGAUACUGCGUCGGUACUGCAGAAAAUCCUUGAAAGCCUUGGUAGGAUAGAAUCUCGGCAAGAAGACAUGAUAAAACGUCAAGAAGACAUGAUAAAUCGGUUAUCAGCUGUAGAAAGCGCUCUUGCUGAGAAGAUGCCAGAACGUGCGGAGAUCCAAGCACAAGGUCAAUUGUUGCGGGAGUGUAAGGUGCUCUCGGCAAAAACCCACCGCAGUGUGAGCCGCAUCACUGGCGAAGGAGUGAGCGAGGAGCAGACUCUGUUGCAAAGCUUGUUCCCAAUGUCGUCAGAGGAAACAUUGCUGAAGGUGGAGGAGCACCUUACACUCCAAGCUUACUCUGACGCUAUGACGGCCAUUAUUCUAAAUAUAAAAUUUACCAAGGACUCGAUAGAGAAGGUGAUGCAGUCCUUAUUUAGUGACGAGUUGGUGUGGCUGUACAACUACGAAGGAAAAGCUGGAAAAAAGGCCCUAAACAAAUUAAGAAUAGUGGAUAUCAUUCUCGGUAGUAUUAAUCUAUUUUUAUUCUUUCCUUUUUAAUUUUUCGUUUUUAUUUUUCCUUUUUAUUUUUACUUUUCCCUUUUUUAAUUUUUCGUUUUUAAUUUUUCCUUUUUAAUUAUAAAUAUUUUACAUAUAGCUGCAUUUGUAAAUGUGCAAGAUAAAAAAAUUUUAGCUGUAAGACGUUUUGUCAGUUUAAGCCAUAAUAGAUAUAAGCAUGUAAAACGUAAUA